AUGGCUACCGAGAGCUCCAAACCUUCGUCGCGCGACGAAUCUUCCGACUCUGGAAGCGGCAGCGACAGCGAAAAUGAAAUCCCAUCGGCAGCCACGCCGACAACGGUCGAAUGGCUUGCAACCGGCCGUGCAAAACGUUCCACAGCCGGCAACCGAAUGAAGUCGAUGCUGGCCAAUGAAGAACCCGACUCCGAUCUCGAGCUCCUGUUUGCCGAAGACGACAACGACGAGGGCUUCACCGAUGUCGACGAUGGCGGUUCCGACGUACAGAUGGACUCGUCAUCCGACGACGAAGACGAGCAGAACCAAGCGGACGAUAUGGAAGGAGAAAAGGAGCUUGAAAAGCAGGCCAGGGAGAAGAAGGCUGCGGCGCGGAAGCGAAAAGCCCAGGAAGUCAUACCGGCCAAGUUCAGGAAGAAGGUUCGCAUCGAUGCAAAUCAGAAUACUGCGCCAGCUCCACGGCCCAAAAAGAAAUCAGAACGAUCAAGUUGGCUACCGUCGCCUGCCGACAUGCCCGUCCGUGCCUCGUCCCGACAGACAACAGUGCUCAGCAAGGAGCAGCUGCAUCAACAGAUGAAGGAACGAGAAGCGAAGCGCUUGAAGCAGGCGAAAGCAAUGGAAAAGAAGGCCCAGAGGCUUGCGGAAUCAAAGAAGCCCCCGAUGACACAAGCAGAGCGACUCGCUGAAGCCGCCAUUGUGGAAAAACGGAACUCCAAGUCUCUGAACAGAUGGGAAGAAGCGGAGAAGGCUCGUGAGGAGGAGCGGCUGGCCAAGAUUGCAGCGCUGCAGAAUCGCACGCUCAAGGGACCUGUCGUGACGUACUGGAGUGGCCUGGGCGAAUGGGAGCAUCAUUUGAAGCAUGUUGGCAGGGUCGCGGAAGAAGAGAAACCUGUGCGGAAGAAGCGGGAGAAGAAGGAAAAGCCAGAGAAGGGCAAAGGCAAGGAAAAGGACGCGAAGGCAGGCGAGAAGGCGGAGGAGAAGAAGGGAGAUGGACCAACAUCCACUGCGACUCCUACGCCUGGGCCCGAGACUACGCCUUCGAAGCCGGCAGACGGACAAGGGGAGUCGAAACCUGAAGCUCCAUCAGCGCCAUCAGUAUCGACAACUGGUGACGCGCCUCAGACAAAUGGUACCACGAAGGCACCAUCGCCACCCACGCCAUCUCCAGCAACACCGGCGGAGGCAACUCCAGCCAUCAAAAAAGAAGACCGACCCAGCGUCAUGGCACCUCCGUCUAUGGUACCGCCUUCAUUAGCCUCUCCUUCGUGUGCGCCUCCAUCUCUGGCAGCACCUCCAUCUCUGACACCUACAAUUCCACCACCGGCAACAAUCUCACCUGCACCCCCACAACCUGAAAAUGAGCCAAGACUCAUGGCACCACCAUCAACAUCACCUCCACCAUCAAUGAGCGCACCGUUAAUGGCUCCUCCGCCAAUACCUCCUCCGCCAAAGACUUCGGUCCUUGCGGCUCCAAUCCUGGCACCACCAGUCCUCGCGCCGCCCCUGGGAGGCAUACACCUUGGACACCACAACUCACAACCUAAAUCCAACGUUCUCGCGCCGCCCAACACGUCACAACAUCGAUCUCCUCUCUCCAUGCCCGCUCCGCCUCCACCUCCAACGGCGAGACCGCCACCUCCGCCACAGGCACCCCUUCAACCGACUCAACCUCGAGCUCCCCCAAAACCUCCCGUUGUAGCUCCGUCACCACCGCCGCCGCCUGCAGAUCCCCCAAAGCCCGAAGAGCAACCACCAAGCGAGGUCGCUCGCAGCGCAUUCAUCCUCCGCAACUUUGAUGAAGACCUGAUCAAGGAUAAGACAACCCAGACGCAGAUUCUGUUCGGACGGAGGAUGGACCGCCUUGCGAAGCCCGCCCAUCGCCCAGUCUGCGUCAUCACGGCUCACCCUGCUCGCUACCGGGACCCUGAUACGGGCCUACCUUAUUAUGACGUUCGUGCCUACCGGGAGAUUCAAAGACUCCGUCGUGGUGAGUACAAAUGGAGCAGUCUGCUCGGCGCCUGGGUCGGCAGUUGUACCUACGCAGCUCGUGGUGUUCCGGAGAGGUUCCUAAAGGGUGACGGCAAACCCAAGCCCAAGCCAAAGGAGAUGGAGGUGGACGUCACCAUCGGGGCACCCUCCGAAAAGCAAGAAGGCAAAGAGGACAAGACCGCCUCGCCCCCACAAGAAGGGGGGAAGGAACAGCCGGAAACGGUGGCGGAGAAGCAAACGGUUCCAGCCCCGUCUCCGUCCGCACCGCAGACGCCGCAAGCGCCGCAGGCCGUGGCCCAGGCGCCAGCCCAACCUCAGACUCAGGAAGCGAAACCGGCAGCCACCGAACCUACAACGGCCCCUGUAGCCGCUUCGGUCGCGACAGCAGUCUGA